AUGCAACCCCGCAUGCGCUUCGACGAUGCAGCCUGGGAAGCAAGCGAAACCGACUCCGACAGCUGGGUGGCCGGCCUAUUCCAACCCGACACCCUCCGGGCCAUCGGCGACUUCAUGAUCAAACACCGACGAGGCGUCCCAAUUGAACUGUGUCAGCCCCGAGCGGGGACAUUUAAUGUGUCAUUUCGGAUGAAGUUCGAAGACGGUGGCUCGGCGCUGAUCCGCUUCUCCAAGCCUGGGACGACCAUGUUCCCGGAGGAAAUCGUGAGGCAUGAAGUCGCGACGAUGCGGUACAUCCAAGAGCAUACUUCGAUCCCGGUACCUUUUAUUUUACACUGGGGCACAGGGGAAGAGAGCCCGCUUGGUCUCGGCCCGUUCAUUCUGAUGGAGUACGUCGAGCAUGCUAUGGAUCUGGGCGAGGCGUUGAACACGCCCACUCUCGGGGUUGACGAUCGCCCGGUUCUUGAUCCGGCAGUUGAUAUUGGAAAGCUAGAGAUGUUGUACGGACAGCUCGCAGACAUAUUGCUGCAACUGUCGCGGUGCUCACUACCCCGGAUUGGGUCUCUCAUGCUGGUAGAUGACUUCACCUGGGAACCCAAGCACCGGCCUUUAUCGAUGGCCAUGAUUGAGCUCGUCCGCUUAGGGACUCUUCCUCGCUCAAAACUGCCAGCCACCACCUUCGAGACGGCGUCCGACUAUUUCCAGGCCCUCGCUAACCUGCACUGCGAGCAUCUGUACCACCAACGCAACGACGCAAUCGUCGGUGUCGUUGACCGGGAGUUCACCUAUGCGGCGCCGGUUCAGUUCUCUCAGGCACCGCCUUGGUGGUUGCUGCUCGAACAGCCGGAGUACUGGUCUGGUGGGGUAGAGGCGUGGGAAAGGAUAUUUGAAAGUCGUCUACCAACAUUUCUCAAGGUUCUGGUGGAGCGCGAAGAGACAGCCCUGCGGGCAGGCAGGUUGAACCCGGAGCAAAGGCUUUCGGGUCCCAUGCGACGGAGCUGGGAGAAUGGUGAUUUUUGGGUCGCGUAUGCUGCGAGGAAGAGCUUUGCGUUUGAUAUGGCUUUCUGGGAGAGGCUUGAUUCCAGGUUCUUUGGUCCUUGUGCGGUUGCUGUCGAAGAUCGCUGGAAGGAGAGGUUGGCGUUGUUGACUGAGCAAGAGAGACUGUGUAUGGAACGGGUUGUGAGUCGGAAGGUUGAGCAGAUGAAGACAAGGGAGCUGGCUUGGGAGCCGGAUGAGAUGUCUUGACUUGCUUGGAUUGGGGCUUGUCAGGUUACUAUUACGGUGGGUUGUUCUGAUAAUCUAUGAUGAGGUUGUUCGGCUGGGAUUCGAGGCAUAUAUAGGUGUCUAUUUUGAUAUGGGUUUGAAUGCCGGUACAUCACGACAAUACAAUAGAUUAUCGGUGGGUG